CCGAGCCUACGGCGCGAAGAAGGGCGCCUCUGUGCACGACGCGGCGGCGGCCGUCGCGGUCGCUCUGGAGAAGGGCGAGUUCGCCACCACGUGGGACUACUCCCUGGCGUGCGACAGGGUGCUGCCGGAGGCCGCCGUGCAGGCCAUGCGCCAGGCAGGCAUGCCGGAAGGCAUCGCGCUCAUGCUGCAGUCGCGGUGGGAGCACCAGCGCCGCUUCUUGCAGCUGGCAGGCGCCACGUAUCCGGAGGUGCAGUGCGUCGGGACAUCGUCGCCUCAGGGAGAUCCCUGGUCUCCGCUCGCCAUCACGCCCGUGCUCGCUGGCCCACUGGCUGAGGUGGCAGAGACGGAGCCUCAGGUAUGCACCACACUGUUCGUCGACGACAGGACGUGGACAGGGCCACUCGGGCCGCUCGUCAGGGCGGGCAGCAUCUGGGAUGAGUGGUCUGCAGCGCUGGGCAUGGAGGAGAACAUGCGCAAGCAGGUCUGGGCGCACUUCACCCCGGCAGGCCGGCGCGCAUUCGCCAGAUAUGGCAUCCCGGCGGAGCGGGUGCAGGACAAGCUGGAGAUCCUCGGCAUGAAGCUGCCUGGGGGCCGCCACAGAAAGCAGUGCAAGAGAGAGGUGGCUCGGAUCACCGGGGCCGAGCAGCAGCUGGCGCGCGUCGCGCUGCUGCCGCCAGAAAAGCCGAAACGCAGGCGCGCCGCGGAGGCGGGGCCGCUGGCCAAGGCACAGUAUGGCUGGCUCGUCAGCCUCCCCCGCAAGAAGGACAUGGAGAGGCUGCAGCACACGCUCCACCGCUCCAUCGGGGUGCCGGUCCAGGCUGCCACUCACCCGAAGGUGCCGCUGGGAGGGCACCGGAGCGACGUCCGCUUCCGAGCGCAGCAGGAGGCCGGCAAGGCCGCGGUGCGCGCGCUGGAGAAGCGGAUCGCCGACGUCGAUUUCACGGAACAGCUGCCGUGGCCCUCGAAGAGCGGCUGGGGUGGCGUCUUGAGCCAGCAUCCAGCUUGGACUGGUUGGACGGUGCAGUGCCCCUGGACUUGGGCGGGCACCAGGGCUGGCGCCAGCGUCUCUAAUUACGCUGCCUGGCUUCGCGGCAGCCGCCGCGACGCAGCGGAGUGCGCUGGCAUCCCGUCCGACCCCAUCAGGCAUAAGAAGGUCUUGGAUUUGGAUACGACCAACGUCGUCCCCGGCUUCUUCCGCGUGGCUACGGGCGCGACGUACUCGCCCACGGCCCUACACCAAGGGGACGCCGAUGCGGGCUUGUGCCCGUGGUGCAG